UUUCGUUAAAAAAAAUGUCGCAUUGCUACAUUUACUUGUGGUGACUGCAUAUGGAGGAUUUCAACGGGGGGAGACAGCUAAUGUUAACUUUUAGUCUGACGCCGCCAUUAUACCACCGAAGAAGCACAUCCCGCCCUCCUUCUUGAGUCUUUUCUUCUUCUUCUCCUCGGUAUCAGAAAUUAUGGAGACUACCUCGGUGUACAUGUGCUUCCCCUGCUACCAGGAGUUUAAUACUCUAGAAGAAGUCCUUCAGCACCAGCUGACAUGCACCGCUGAAGAGGAUCAAUCCAGCUCAUCUGGAGCUGCCCCUGCUGACGUUCCAGUGCUGCAGACACAGAUGAAAAAGGCAAAGAGAUCAGUGGCAGAAGAGGAGUACAUAAUCAAAGAUGGAGGCCAGAUUGAGCAACAUGUAAUAAACAUCUCCAGGGGAGUGGUGGACCAACAGGGAGAUGGCUCACAGGGCGACGCCUCAGAAAGCGCCGUGCAUCAGGUUGAAGCCCAGUCGCUUCUUCCCUCUGUGCAGAGUAUCAAGAAAGAACUGGAGGACAUUUCAGACGCCGAACGGCAAAUAACAGACCAGCCCCGAAUCCUUUACCAGUGUGGGGAUUGCGAUAAACUUUUCAAGAGCCUCGAAGAGUGGCAGCAGCAUCGUAAAGAAGGAACGUGUGAACAAGCUGGGUCCAAAUCAGCACCGGACCCCAACAGUGAGCCGGAGGCCUGUGAGAGCCAGGCCGCAGUAGCUGGUCAAGAUGAUACUUCUGCCCCACAGAGUGAAAGCAGUAACACCAUCCAACCAGAACCAGAGGAGAACACUGAGGAUGGAAGUGAGACGCAAGCUCCAGAGACCUCCUCGUCUCAGACCCCAGAAGGUCUUGUUGCUGAGGUUUCUGCUUCGGAUGAUUCGUCUCCAAGGAGGAGAGGCAUAACCAAGAAGCCAAAGCCAGAGCCAGUGUUGCUGUGUGUUGAUUGCGGCUCGUGUUUCGGUCUGGUGUCUGAGCUGGUGUCCCACCGUAAGACCCAGCACGGCUUUGAGGAGGCUCUGCACCGCUGCUCUGUGUGCGGAGAAAGUUUUCUGAACACCACGCUCUUCCUCUAUCAUCGCAAGCAGCACAGGCAGAAGGGCGAGGAGACGGUAGCAGUGGCCCCUGAAGUCACACCGGAGGUUUACGCUCUAAACAACGGGGGCAGUGCGCAGGAUGGCGUUUCUUCUUCCAGCACAGUGACACACAUGUUUACACAACCCGAGUUGUUCUUCUGUACCCACUGUGGGGAGAGCUUUGGAGACGAUAAAGGCCUGGUGAAACAUCGAAAGGAGAAGCACAGCCUCAGCGAGCCGCUGCACACCUGUUCCCACUGUGGAGACGACUUCAUGAACACGACUCAGUUCCUGUACCACCGGUUGCAGCAUCGCUUCACCUCAGAGAGCGAGGAGACUCAUGAGGUUGAAGUAAGCGACGAAUCGGCCCCUAUCAGCAGUGAGGACGGUGUGCAGAACUCAAAGAGACUGCUUUCACCCUCUGCUGGGGAAUCGGGGUCUCCCGUUCCGAAGAGGGGCCGGCCUUCAUUCAGGAUCCUAAGUGCCAGUUCACUACAAGGAACCAAAGCCUCCAAAGAUGACUUGGAGGGCAGCGGUGCAGGCGACACGAACAACACAAACCAGCCUCCACCUGCCAAGUUGCUGCAAGACUGGGCCAGAACGCCGCUGCCCCAUGUGUGCCCCUACUGCGGCAAAACCUUCACCCGGCGCGUCUUCCUCCGCACCCAUGUCUACAGCCACACCGGAGAGAAGCUCUUCACAUGCAAGGUGUGCACAAAGUCAUUCACCAAUUCCCAGAGCCUGCUGCGCCACAGCAUGAACCACACAGGCAACAAGCCCUUCUGCUGCGACGUUUGUGGGAAAAGCUUCUCGCAGGCAACCACCCUUAAAAGACAUCACCUCAUUCACUCGUCAACGGAGCCUCCGCGCAAGAGAGGACGCAAACCAGCGUGUAGCGUUGACAGUGACGGCACUGCUCUCUUUGCUUGUCCAAACUGUCCCUCACACUUCAGCACUGAAGAACAGCUUAAUGACCACAGAUUGCUUCACACAAGCCACCCGUUCCCUUGCCCUGAAUGUGGAGAGCCGUUCAAACGCAGGAAGGACCUGGACCUUCACUCACUCAUACAUCAAGACAAGCAGCCGGUGACCUGUCCUCACUGCUCGUCGCAGUUCAUCAACCAGUCGGUGCUGGACAUCCACCUGCAGCGCUGUCCUUCAUCAGAAGAGGAGAAAAACACGGGGCGUGGGCGAGGACAAGGACGCGGACGCUCCACUGGACAGAUCGAGUGUGACCUCUGCGGGCACCGCUGCAUGACCCAAGAGGGCUUGGAUCUCCAUCGUUUAUCCCACACAGGCCAGACGCCGCUCAAGUGCCCGGUGAGGCCGUGCCGCCGCAGAUUUACCUCCAACAGCGCCCUGGAGGAGCACGUGCUGGCCCACUUCCAAGGAACACUGUCCAAGUCCAAAUCCCGACCGCGCUUCCGCUGCGACAUUUGCCUCAAGGAGUUUGCCUACAAUUCCACUUUCAGCGUUCACAUGAGGACACAUACUGAUGAGAGGCCCUUCGAGUGCGCCACCUGUGGGAAGCGUUUCCGCCAGCUGCCCCACCUCCAGGACCACGAGCGGAUCCACUCGGGCCUGCGGCCUUUCUGCUGCUGGAUCUGCGGCAAAAGCUUCAGCGUGGCGGCCCGUCUCACCGAGCACGCCCGCACCCACAGCGGCGAGAAGCCGUACCCGUGUCCCCACUGUGCCGCCGCCUUCCGCUCUCGCCCCAACCUCGACAAGCACCUGCGCCAACACGGAGACCUGCCCCCAGAAGCGGCCGAGCAGGUGGUGCAGGCCGCCGAGGUCGCCCACGUCCAGAAGGUGCUGGAAGGGGCCAAGGCGCUGUCGUCGCUGGCGACCACCACGGACCUGGAGUCGGGCACCGUGCAGACCAUAUACGUGCUGCAGGAGGGCGACGAAGGCACCGAGACGGUGAUGAUCCCGUCUGAUUCGCUCAGCGGGAUCGAGGGAACCUCGCAGGUGGUCAUCCUGCCCUCGUCGGUGCUGGGAGGCCAGGCUAUCACGGUUCCCACCAUCACCAUGGAGGAGAGUGAGAUCACCAUGGUGGAAACGGGUCAGUCGCCGCAGCACGCCAUCGAGUUCAUCGUGGAGGAGACGGUGUGAAAUCAGUAAAGCGUUUAAAGACGAGAAAGUGUUUGGGAUUCUUGAUUCACUUUGAACUCUUUUUUUUUUUUUUUUUGGCAACCUUGGUGAAGAAGUCUUAAAAGCAUUAAAAGAAUUAUUGCAGCAGCAAAAUUGCACAAUAAAAAGCCCUUUAAAGCUUCUUGAAAGUGCUCUUUUGCAGAUAGGACAGAUCUUGACAUAAUUCAUGUCAGACUUCAUUUUCUGUCCCUUUGUUUAAAAGUUUUAGCUAUUUUCUGACUUUAGUGUUUGGGCCCUCACAGAUUUCUUGUGUUUUUGUUCCGUUGAUGCUCCAACAAGUUCAGAUUUUUGUCCCAAAAAAUAUGAACUCAGUUUUGAAAAUGAUAAUUCUGGUUUUACUAAACCAGUUCAACCCUAUGUGGAAAAAGUAAUUUCCCCUGAACCUAUUAGCUUGUCAGCAGUGGCCACCAUCAAGUUUUUGUGACAAUUGGCAAUUAGUUUUUUGCAUUAAUGGGGAUAAAUUUCUACUGACCUUUGGGAGAAUCACCCUCAGGACACAAAGAAGCCAACACACAAAGAACAUCCUCUCUGCAGAGUUUUAAUAAGAUUUAUAUCCAUGAGCUGAGAUGACCAGGACUGAAUGUUAAUUUUAUGUCUUCGGAGACAUUUCUGUUUUGUUUUUUUGUGUCCAAAAACUGUCAUGCUUCCUUACAAGGUUCAUGUUCAAACUUGAGGAUUUUUCCUCAAAGUCAUCCUUCGCUUCACACCAAACCCACCUGGAGUGUCAGUUUGGUGUCCUCACCGAACACACAGAGUAAGGAGAAGUCGCUACAUAUUUGAGCUUGUUUAUGUUUGUGAUUGUAGACAAAAGUUUCCACUCAUAAAAAACAGAUUGACAGGUAGAAAUGAAGCUCAAGAUGCCUCUGCUGCAGUUUUGUAAUGUCAGUGUACCAGCCUGAGCUAGAACUCAAAAAAGUACAAAUAAUAAAAAAAACUUUAAUAAAAACUGACCCAUGUUUAUAAAAAUACAAUUUUUGCUGCCUACAAAAUAAAUGCACUCAAAUUAAAAUUUCAGUGAGAUUUUGCUACUACAGUAAGGAAAUAAUUUAUUUAGAGACUCAUCUUUACCAGAGGUGUCCUCUAUAUAAAAACAAUUUCUGUAGCAACAUGUAACUAAUGGGGUGUAAAGACUGAUCUGUUCAGGGGAUUAAUUUAUAGUCAUUUAAAGUGAUUUAAAAAUAGUGAAAAUGGCUUUUUGAUUCUAAACUAAUAUGUUUGUGCAGUCUUGUUUUCCUCUUUCCUAAAAAUAAAAAGCUCUGGCUUCCACACUUGUGAA